AUGCCCACCCUCACUCAUUCUUUACAAUUCCGACCACGAUCACGUCCCCGACAUCGAUAUCAGAUGAUUCCCUCCAAGGACAGGAACAUAGUCGCUACCAGCUCGCCUACCGGCUCUGCGGUAGAUGAGCGCUAUGAAGCGUUCGAUGGAGCACAAGAUCGCGAGCGCUUAUCGUGGAAGAAGCAGGCAGUCGUCGAUCUAAAGCCGUCACUACAUCGCGAUACAUACAUUGGAGCUCUUCUAUUCAACAUCUGCGCCUUCAUCUUGCCAGCUCUCUAUAGCACCUUGUCGAAGCUAUGGGUUGCGAACAUCGACUCCUCCAUGGUAGUCACAACAGACACGUACACAUACAUCGGGGUGGUCGCAGAAGUCUUGAACGAAGGUCUUCCGCGCGCUGCUUACCUCGUCAUCGGCGACAAGUCCAGUCGUGGCUUCCGUGAGCGCUUGCAGCUCACUCACACUCUCAUCCUCUUCCAAUCACUCCUCGGGUUUAUCAUGAGCAUCGGUUUUGUCGCAGGCGCCUCUACUUUCGCGCAAGGCUUUGUUCCUGUCGAGGUGAGAGAUGUGAGCGUCACAUACAUUCGCAUCUCUGCGUUCUCUGCGUUUAGUUCGGCAGUGGAGUAUGCGAUAUCAACGUCGACCCGCGCGCUGGAUAAGCCGGAUGUCCCACUUAUUAUCAGUUCUGUCAAGUUCGCUGUCAAUAUCAUUCUCGACUUGAUCAUCAUCUCGAAGUUUCAUGUCGGAGGCAUCACACCCACAGUGAACAUGCAGGCUGGUAUCUCACUCGCUUGCAACCUUACUUCCGCUUUUGCAGGACUGGCGUACUUUGUAUACACAACGAGUGUCAAUUCCAAGUCGCCGGUCCAUAGCGAUAUAUCCCACCGCGGUACAGUCCCAUCGUUACCAGCUCUUGUCACACUCGCCAGGCCAGGUGCAAUCUUCUUUUUGGAAUCCGCUAUCCGCAACGCACUAUACCUUUGGUUGGUGCACGGUAUCGUCGGGCUAGGCAGCGACUACGCAACUGCUUGGGGCGUCUUCUCCACCAUUCGAUGGGGACUCAUAAUGGUACCUGUCAUGGCACUCGAGUCGACCACGCUGACCUUCGUGGGGCACUCAUGGGGAGCGUUGCGCGCGACCAUCGUGGGUAUCUCACGGGCUGCAAAGCUGCAAAUUACACACCGACAAUUGUGGAGCGUUGUACGCUGGGCAGUUUACUCCGUCAUGGUUGUCUUGAUGGUGGAGAUCCCACUCUGUCUCAUCAUGUCCUUCGCCGGUGCUGAGCCUUUCGCACGAUACCUUUCAGGCUCUGAGGAGGUCUCACGUAUAGCCGCACGUAUGUGGCGAACCAUCGAUUGGUGCUAUAUUAUGUAUGGUGUGUCGACACAAUUAGCUGCGAUUUUGGUAUCGACACGCCCAACGUGGUAUCUCUACCAGUCUCUCGCAUCGAACAUUCUCUACGUCUUACCAUGGGCGAUUGCGUGUCAAGUGGUUGACCUCAAUGCUGGAGAUGCUUGGACAUAUCACAGCUUGGUGUUUGGCGGAAGUCUGGUUUUUUCGUUCUUCACAAUCAUCGCAGUUGAUGUAAUUUGGGGGUUCAGGCUGAUGAAGGGAAAGAUGAAUGUGAACAGGGCGUAG